AUGAUGCGACAUCUCGUUUGGCCUGUCGUGUUUGCCUUGGUCGCUGGUUCUACCUGUGCAGCAGCCCCAGAUUCUGUACAGAUAUUUGCCGCAGGAGCCACCCCUACCACCCUCCCUUGCACCUUUUCAUUCGCGAAUAACAAACUACGGUACAAUCUAUGUCCUUUACUGCACAGACACAAAGGAAUUACCGGCGAGAAGACAAUAGAAGUCGAUCCCCGACCAAUCAAAAUCCGCAUUGUCGAAGAAACUCCUCCCACGAGGACGACCAGUGUUUAUUCCAUCGGACUGCGGAGUGCUUUGGACUGGAAUGGGACGCUUCCAGCGGAACUGCAGUGUCCGAAGGGCACCUGGAUUUGUCUGAUAGGUAAGGUGGAGAACACCCGCCCAUCCCAUCCCUCGGAGCCGAAGCGUCGUUUACAAGUAAUCCCAGUCGCUGGCGCACCCAAACUCGCGCCGCGUGCGCAACUCGGUAAACGAAGGAUCCCCGAGACAAACGACACGGAAAUGCAAUACCUCAUCCAUGGGGGAUCUUACACGGAUAGACCGCAGAUGGCGUACUUUCAAUUCAUCUGCGAUGCAAGUUCGAAAGAGCCGAGUGAGCCUACAUACCUGUGGCGAUGGAACGGUACACAUACAUUUGAGUGGAAGUCCCGACAUGCGUGUCGGGAGGCAUCGCACGUUACAACUACAGCUCCGGGAGCUACGGAAGCGCCAUCGCCUGGAGGCAGCGACGACGCGGAAGACCCAAUCGCUGAACCACCGCAAGUCCCAGACGAGGUGGUUGAGCACAUACGACCAAACCCCGUCUUGGUCCUGGCGACUGUCGUCGGGACAAUCUUGUAUGUGUUGACGCCAUUCAAUUUACGUGUCCCUCGUUAA